UCUUAUGUAGAUAGGUGGUGCGUUAUAUUAAUUGCAUUUAUUCGGUUGAUUACGUCGAAAUCUCGGACGACGUCGGACGGAUGAAGCAGUAUCGCAACAAAUUAAUUAAAAAGAAUCGGUGACGAUAUGCUACUGAUGAUGAAAAAGGUUAAAGGGGCAAGAGAAAUGGACUUUGAAAGCCCUGAUGUUGAAAAAGAAUUUCCAGGCCUUUAUGCAUCAGAUACUACCAAAAAAAGCGAGAGUGACUUUAGCGAUGAUGGUAUACAUGAUAAGCAUUCGAAGAAAGAGCUACUUGGUGGCAACAAACGUAAGGAUAAAAAAGAUAAAAAAGACAGGGGCUAUGCCACUUUAGAGGGAGAGAGUUCAGCCGAUGACGAGGAAACGAAAAGCCCUUCGAAAUCUAAAUCCAAAUCAAAAACAUUUAAAUUUCCCACUAAAAGUAGGGAAAAGCGAGAGAAAUCUAGAGAAAAAGAUAUUAAAGAAAAAGAUUCCGAUAAAGAGAAAAAGAAAAAAGAUAAAGAAAUUGAAAAGGACAUUGAUAAAGAGAAACGUAAAGAAAAGGAUAAGAUAAAGCAAAAACACAAAGAUCGUAAGAAAGGAAAACAUGGAGAUGAUGCUUCAGAUAUUGGUGAAGAAGAACCAAUUUUUGGCGUUAAUUUAUAUUUAGCGAUAGAAAGGAGUCGGUGUCAUGAUGGUGUCAAGUUGCCUCUAAUAGUAAGAGAUUGUAUUGACUAUUUAGAAGAGUAUGGAAUGUCAGUCGAAGGCUUGUAUAAAGUCCCAGGAAAUAAAUCAAAAGUGCAACAAUUAAAAAAAUUAUAUAAUCAACGUGAAACUGUAAAUAUGUCAGAAUUUGAGCCUACAGUGGCAACCAGUUUAUUACUACUUUUUAUCAAAGAACUCCCGGAACCAGUAUUAGAAAGCAGCGAAUUAAUAUCUCGAUUCGAACAAGCAGCUUCGACCAAAGAAGUUGCACAAAGAGAGUCUCAACUUGCAGAACUGUCAAAUCAAUAUUUGAGCGAUUGUAACAGAGUACUUUUAGCAUGGAUAACAUUGCAUUUGGAUCAUGUUACUGCCUCGGAAAAAACUACGAAAAUGAAUGCCCAGACGAUAGCAAUGACACUGAGUCCCGCUUUGCAAAUGAGCCAUAGAUUGCUCUUAGCUCUAUUAUUUCACUGUAAGGCAUUGUUUCCUGAAAUCAAGCUAACAAAAUAUAUUCCACCAUUACCCGCUGGCUCCAAUCAUUUGCCGGAAACUGUUCGGGGUAUCGUGAAAGAGUUGGCCAAACAGGAAUCUCUCCUAUCGCAAAUUCAUAUGCUAAUGAACGCUGGCUAUGUAAAUAAGUCACGCGAAGAACAACUCUGGGAAGUACAGCGUAUGAUAACACAAUUAAAGAGAAAGUAUAAAGUAGUACAAAAAUUGGAGGGUUCGGUCCGAAAGAGCGUAGAUGAAGAAGCAACCAAACCAAGUGAUGAAAGUCAAUUACAUUUCUCAGAUAGUCAAAUAAAUAAAGUAGUAACAAAUACUGAAGAUGAAUGUGAUCGCUUAAAAGUCUUAGAAGUUUCGAAAGAAGAAGCUCGCCAAAAAUCUAUGGAAAAUACUAAUAAUCCAAUCCCAUUGAUUGAAAAAGAUACAGCAGAUAAGCCUAAUAAAAAGAUAAUAAAUAAUAUUGAUACAAAAAUGGAAACAUUUUACGUAACAACAAAGUCCAAAGAAACUGCAUCCGAGUCAAAAGAACAAGAGCCAGUAGUUGAAAACGAGAUUGAUAGACUUCGCGAGUAUCUCAUUUAUGAAGAGUUAGUCAAUAUGCAAAUUUCACUACAAUCGCGAAUUUCACAUGAGCAUAAAGAAAUCGAAAGACUGACAGAAUUGCUGGCGGAACGCAUUGGUGCAGGAAAACUAAAAGUGCCUGUUGUUGACAAAAUGAUAAGCUCUAGUGACGCGGAAAUGUCAACUAUGAUUCAACUAGUCAAAGAAAAUCAAUUGUUAGAGAAAAAAUUGACAACUCUGAUUCACAGUAUUUUUGAACAGAAAGAUGCUUCUGUUGAAUUGAGAGUACAAUUAGCUUUACAUCCACAUAUAAUGGCCCAAAAAGCACGAAAAUGUCUUUAAAAAUAUAUAAAUUUUAGGAUUAAUCUCCUAUUUUUAUAUCAUAGUUUCUUUUUAUAAACAUUAUUAUUUUUGUCUAAGUACCUUUCAAAAAUAACUUAAGAUCAAUGAAUCACGAUUAUAUUUUUUCAUUAAAAAAUAGUAUUGUUAGUACACGAAUCAUAUACCAAAUUAACAUAGAAAAUAUGGUGUCUUAUACAUGCAUACAUAGUUUAUUAGCAAAUAAACGUG